UUCGCUUGUCACGGAAGGUUUUACAAUACCUAUAAGAAAUUUUUGUAUUAUAAUUCAAUUAUUUUGUUCUUUCCCCAAAAUGUUGCUUUCACAUGAAUCUUAUUUUCCCUUUAUAUGUUCUUCUUUAAAAUAUUCUUCAAUGCGUGUUACAAUACACUAAAUCAUGUUCUUUAUUUACAAUACUUCAGUGGAUCAGUAGACUUGGUUUUGUGUGUGUUGUUGCCUACUUCUUCGUGAUGGAUAAAGGAGUGACUUGUGAGCAUCUCAAUAAGCUAGCUGAUUCUCUUGAGAAGGAGUUAUGGCAAUCGAAAGAGACAUUAACAUGUUUCGAUUGUGGAUGUCCUGGACCUAAUCUAUGGAUAUGCCUGCAACCAGAUUGUCAUCACAUUGGCUGUUCUGAAGUUAAGAAUGAUCAUAGCACUAUACACCAAAAGAAUUUUUCACCACAUUGCGUUCAUAUGAAUGUGUCCACUGAGAGGAUAUGGUGUUAUACAUGUGAAAAGGAAGUCCAUAUCAGAGCUGCCCUUGCGCAUGGUAUGCAAGCAGAGACGGUGUCUGUUGACGGUUCAAUAAGCAGCGCCCGAUUUAGUACAACAGGAUUAGCGCAUGAUGAUGACCUCGAUCCAGAGGACAUGGACUACGAAGAGUACCAACUUCUUUCAGCAGGUCUUGUGGGGCUUCAGAACAUGGGUAACACAUGUUACAUGAAUGCGGCAUUGCAAGCCCUCAGCAAUACAGCGCCGUUAUCGUCGUACUUUCUAGAAUGUUCCGCGGCGGUCGCCGUGCUGGCGGCCGACAAGAAGCCAGGUUUAAGUCGAGCAUACCAAAAACUAAUUAAAGAAAUGUGGAGUAGAAAAACAAGAGGCUAUGUUGUACCUAACGGUAUCUUGUACGGUAUACGGAAUGUGCACCCUAUGUUCCGUGGAUAUCACCAACACGACACCCAGGAGUUCCUGCGAUGUUUCAUGGACCAACUACAUGAGGAGUUGAAAGAACCGGUAUGGGAUGGUACGCCGGAUGAUAAACUAGAUUCAGAAGCGGAUGGUGAUCACUCGGAUAGCAGAAAUGUACAUAUACGUCGGCGUGCCGCGUCUUCAGGAGCAAGUGAUGCGCCAUUCUUCGCUCGCAUGAGGCGGAAAUCACCAGCGGCUUCGUCGUACAGUGAAUCCAGAGCUGAAGGAUAUUUAAGGGUGUCUGAGGGCGGCUCUGCGGGGGUCACGGGGGGCACCGGCGGCGGGGGGGUCACCGGCGGUGCGGGGGGUCGCCACCGCCGCUCGGCCAGCUUCGGCGGCACGCAUCACCUCGCGUACUCCGCACUCACCAGCCUCAACGGCACCACAGGUGGCGGAUGGUCGCCGCGGUCGGGCGGGUCGGAGUCGGAGUCGUCGUGGUCGAGCGAGGCCGACGACCGCUACGAGACCUGCUCCAGCGGAGCCAGCGACGCGCCCGCCUCCGCCUCCGCCUCCCACCCGCGCCCGCACCGGACGCUCAAACAGCCAGCAGUGGGAGAAGAUGGUGGGUCGGGUGGCGGUGACGGCGGCUGCGGUUCGGUCCGGUACCGCAGCGUGGUGUCCGACGUGUUCGACGGGAAACUGCUCUCAUCUGUUCAGUGCCUCAUAUGCGACCGGGUGUCAACCCGAGUGGAGACCUUCCAAGACCUGUCGCUGCCGAUUCCAUCGCGUGAACACCUGGCCGUCCUGCGGCAGCAGUCUGCUCUCAGCCACGCUGCAGCCGUCGCCGCAGCCUCGCAGGACUCCUGGGUGUGGUGGUUACUGAGCUGGCUACGGUCAUGGUUCUAUGGGCCGGUGGUAUCGUUGCAAGACUGUCUCGCGGCGUUCUUCAGCGCAGACGAACUCAAAGGCGAUAAUAUGUAUAGCUGCUCCCGGUGCAACAAGCUGCGCAACGGCGUAAAGAUGUCGGGCGUGGUGAGGUUACCGGAAGUUCUGUGCGUGCACUUGAAGCGUUUCCGGCACGAACUCAUGUUCAGCGCUAAAGUGGCGGCGCGCGUUUCCUUCCCCACGCAGGACCUCAACAUGGCGCCGUACAUGCACAAAGAGUGUACAUCAAAGGUGAGCCGGUACGAGUUGUGCGCGGUGAUCAGCCACGCGGGCACGGCGGGCGGCGGACACUACACGUGCGCCGCGCGCAACGGGCGCGCCUGGUACUCCUACGACGACCACACCGUCGCCCCGCUCCCCGCGCACCACCUCGCGCACUGCGAGGCCUACGUGCUCUUCUACAAGAAAGUGAACCCCCAAAUGGUUGUGCUGAGGCAAAAGGCGGCUGAAAUAAUGGAAUCGACGACUGCGGAACCAAAUGAUAUAAAGUUCUACAUUUCAAAACAAUGGAUCAACAAGUUCAACACGUGGGCGGAGCCGGGCCCCAUCGACAACAGCGACUUCGUGUGCUGCCACGGCGGCGUGCGGCCCGACCGCGCGCCCCACGUGCAGCAGCUCGCCGCGCGCAUCCCGCACCAGCUGUGGCAGUUCCUGCACGCGCAGUUCGGCGGCGGGCCGGCCGCCACACACGCGCACGAGUGCGGCGCGUGCGCGAGAGCGGCGCGGAGGCUGCGGGCCCGGCGCGCCGCAGAGCUGGCCGCCUUCUACGACCUGCACGCCGCCUUCCAAGAGCAGGAACAUCCGCGUGUCAUCUACGCAAUGAGCAUGCACUGGUUCAGACAAUGGCAGGCGUUCGUGAGGAACAAGACGCAGCAACCACCGCCGCCAGUCGACAACAGCGGCAUUGUCACAAAACAGGAAAACGACGGCAUCACAACACAUAUACUCAAACAAGGCUCAGACCACGCUCAACUCAGCGAGGAACUUUGGAGGUUCUUCACGGAUAUCUACGGAGGUGGUCCUGAGGUAAAACUCAAGUGUCCCACCGCCACCGUGCAGCCACUCACCAAUGACAGGGACCCGAAGUUCUUCGAGAACCGACGCCUCUCCAGAAAAUAUUCGGAGUCAGACAAAGAAGAGUACUGUACGAAAUCCACCUCAGAAAUGAACAUAAGAGAUACAGUACAUGGGGAAUUGCAAAAGAAUCAAUCGUUACAAAAUAUCAACAGACGAUACAAAGUCAACAGGACAAUGGCUGAUUCAGACGAAGAUGUCAAUUACAGACACACAUUUCAGUAUAAGAGGCACGAACCAAAUGGCAACUAUCAAGAUUCCGAUGAGGAAAUGGACUCGAGUCCUCCAAACUAUGUCAACACAGUGAGAAUGGAAAAUGGGGUCGACAGUUCAGAUCACGAUGCCAACGACAAUCCAGUGUACAACAGGAGGCAAAACGAAAAAGAAACAGACCUACCCAAUUUAGACAGUAUAUCCCUUAAAAGUAAACCAAAAUCGGGCAAAGUGAGAAAAAUGAAAAGACGGACAGUGAAAUGAUUCUUUCUAGCUUUCCAGUUCGUUCACAGGUUGAGGCAGAAGGUGGCUUCGAGCCGUGACUACGUCUGAACAUUCCUAUGGUGACUGGUGUUAACAUACUGUGCAUUUAUUAGGCUCGAAUAAACUGUGGGACUGUGGUCUCUGUACGAAGCGAUAUUUUUCUAAAUUAUGAUAAUUAAACUGCGGCCUCCAAGCCCCGCAACGGAAAGGGUGUUAUUAUUUUUAGUACAAUUUAUAAUUUAGUUCAAAUUCAGGUCUAGAGAUGUUAGAUACUUGAAUUAAUGUUAUACAGACUGUAUAAUUAUAUAAUGUAUAUCUUUGUAAAAUUGUAAUGAAGUUAACCAUAACAAUUACUGUAUAGAUAUUUCUUGUUAAAGGGCGCUUUAGUAAUUUAUUGGUAUUAUAUUGUAUUAUAGUAGCGUCAGACAUAAGCAAUCAAAAUAAAUCUAAAUGUAACUGUUAAUUCCCUUUGUUAUACCGUGGGCGACCAUAAAUGAAUUCGUGAACGGCCACGGUACUACUUAACGGUAAAUUAUAAAAGUGCCCAAUAGGUAGUCUAUUUCCCCGACUGCAUUUCUUGUUUCCCCGUUUUACCAUGUGGAUUAGGUAUUUAUUUUGUUAUUACUGGUUCUAAGUCUAUGUGUUAUUUGUUAAUAAAUGGAUCAACAAUAAAAUUUAUUUCAUCUAUAUUGGCUGCAAUGUAGUGUUUAAUUUCAUUAGAUAUUUAAUGCAAUAUAUAAGAUACUACUCUGUUUAUAAAGCGCUAAAAUUUCCAUAUAAGAUACAUAAAUGCGAUCUUAAUAAUUAAACAUAUUAAAAAUCUCAAGUCUCUGAUUCCGAUUUAGAUGAAUUUUAAAUUAAGCAUAG